CUUAUGGCGUCAAGUCAAGCAAACAAACCCUUUCAACCAGGGCAACAAACAUAUGAUGUCCAUCUUUACUAAUCACUUCCUGCUCAUCGUUUUCAUCAUCAUCAUAUUCAUGUCUCCGAACCACAAAACUGAGUCACUCAUAGAUUCUAACCUUUUCUCCGUAUAGCCUCUGAAUACCAAAAUGCUUUACUUCAACAUGUCCUUCACCUUUCUGUUCCUCUGUUUUCUUAUUUGGGUGGGGACUAAAAGUGAAGCUGCACCUACUUACCUCUAUCACAACUGCACAAACACAACAACUUUCACACCCAACAGCGUCUACCAAACAAAUUUCAAUCACCUCCUCUCUUUCCUUUCCUCCAACUCCACCCGUGAAUUCUACAACGCAACCGCGGGCCAAAAUCCCUCUACCUCCGUCCAUGGGCUCUUCCUUUGCCGUGGAGACGUCAACGCCACCGCCUGUCGAGACUGCGUCGCCACCGCUACCAAAGAUGCUUUGCAAAAGUGUCCGAUGGAGAAAGAGAACAUAAUAUGGUACGAUGAGUGCCAAUUGCGCUACUCCAACCGCUCUUUUUUCGGCACCGUGGACGUAUUGCCUAGAAUUGCUCUUAUCAAUACCGCAAACAUCACCGACCCAGUUCGGUUUAAUGGAGUCCUUAACACCACCAUGAAGGCGGCUUCUGCUGAGGCCGCAAAUGGUGGGCAGAAAAAAUUUGCGACUAAAGAUGCAUAUGUUAGUGGGUUUCAAAGGGUGUACUGCCUGGUGCAGUGCACGCCGGACCUGUCGGCUGCAGAUUGCAGUAGAUGCCUUACAAAUGCCACCGAACGCCUUCACAGAUUCAGCGACAGGCAAGGUGCUAGAGUUCUGUUUCCCAGUUGCAAUGUUAGAUACGAACUUUAUCCGUUUUACAACCAGUCUGUAUCGCCCUCUCCAUCUCCCUCUCCAUCUCCAUCUCCAUCUACUCAGCCUACUCCUUCAUCGCCCAAAGGAAAAAGUAAAAUCUCAACGGGAACAAUUGUGGCUAUUGCUGUACCAAUUGCAGUUUCUGUUCUACUUUUCAUCUUGGGCUACUAUUUGAUAGUUAGGGGCGCAAAAAAGAAGCGCAAUGCUGGAAAGCCGGAAAAUGAGAAUGAUAUUACAACUGCAGACUCCUUGCAAUUUGACUUCCCAACGAUUGAAGCUGCCACAAGCAAGUUCUCUGUUGAUAACAAGUUAGGUGAAGGAGGAUUUGGAGAGGUUUACAAGGGUACACUUCCUAAUGGACAAGAAAUAGCUGUGAAGAGGCUCUCAAAAGGUUCUGUUCAAGGUGCCGAAGAAUUCAAGAAUGAAGUUGUAGUGGUAGCCAAGCUUCAGCACAGAAAUCUUGCAAGAUUGUUAGGAUUUGUUUUGGAAGGAGAAGAGAAGUUGCUUGUUUAUGAAUUUGUGCCAAACAAAAGCUUGGACCAUUUUCUAUACGACCCUGAGAAACAAAAGCAAUUGGAUUGGUCAAAACGUUACAAGCUAAUAGGAGGAAUUGCACGAGGAAUUCUAUAUCUUCAUGAAGAUUCUCGGCUUAAGAUUAUACACCGAGAUCUCAAACCAAGUAAUAUAUUGUUAGAUGCUGAAAUGAACCCAAAAAUUUCAGAUUUUGGUAUGGCAAGAAUUUUCAGAGUUGAUCAAACUCGAGGAGAUACAAGUAGAAUUGUUGGAACAUAUGGUUAUAUGUCUCCAGAAUAUGCAAUGCACGGACAGUUCUCUGUUAAGUCUGAUGUGUAUAGUUUUGGCGUCUUAAUUUUGGAGAUUAUAAGUGGAAAAAGGAACAGUAGUUUCUAUCAAUCAGACCGUGCUGUGGACCUCUUGAGCUAUGCUUGGAAACUUUGGAGGGAAGGAACACCCUUGGAGUUAACAGAUCCAACAUUUAGAGAAUUUUAUUCAGAAAAUGAAGUUGCUAGAUGUAUCCAUCUUGGUUUACUAUGUGUUCAAGAAGAUCCAGAAGAUAGACCUACUAUGGCAUCCAUUGUUAUGAUGCUUAAUAGUUACUCUGUCACAAUGCCAGAGCCUCAACAGCCAGCAUUUUUCAUCCCAACGGAGACGGACAUGACAAUGAAGGGGCUAGAGUUUGAUCAGUCUGGAAGCAAUGCUGUUCCAUUGUCCGUCAAUGAUGUAUCAAUUACCGAGCUAUACCCGCGAUGAUGAGAGUUUAUGGAGUGUAAUAAUCCUAAUUUAUGUUUCCGUAUACGUCGUCUAAGCGGUAUUAAUUCAAGGCUACCAAAUAAUUGUAGUUCAAGUUAGCUUUAAGAGGGAUAUUUAAAUAGCGUGCCUUUUUGAGCUGUACUAAUUAUGCAAACUUGAACACCCAAAACGUAAGUACAUGUGUAUGUUAUGCUGAUCAUGAGUGCCCUGAGAAAUGAACCGGUAAGAGUUAAUGCAAAAGUACUUCGCCUUCAAGCAA